AUGUAUAAUGAAUUAAUUAGCAGUAGUAAUAAUACAAUUAAUAAUAGCAGUUUAAGUGAUAGUAGUAGUGAUGGUGGUGGUGACGAAAAAAGAACACCAAUAUUUAUAGGAAUUUCAAUUAUUUCAUUAGUAAUUUAUGCAGUAUUAUCUUCCAUUUGUAUUUAUUCAUUUUUUAAAUCAAUUUAUAAAAAAGAGUCUGCUACUCUUUCAAAGAUUUUCCAUGUAUUUUGUUUUUUAUAUACAACAACUAGAAUAAUUUGGUAUUUAAAAAGAGUUGUAGAUGGUGAAAGUGCUAUAACAUUUUUUUUUAAUAAUAUAUCAUUCCCAUUUUAUAUGUCUGCUUUAUUAGUAGUUUUCUUUUUCUGGUGGGAAAGAUAUCAUAGCACCUAUGUCAGUAGUUCAGAAUUUUUACCAAAAUAUAAAAUGUAUUUUAUUUUAUUUAAUAUUAUGAUUUAUAUAAUUCAAUAUCUUUUAAUUUUAUUUUUUUAUACAAUUGCAAAUCAAAAGAGAGAAGGUGGUGUAACAUAUUUAUUUAAUACAUUGUUUCAAUCAUGCUUAUCAUUGUUAGUUGGAUUAUCAUUUUUAUUUAUAGUUUUAAGAAUUUAUUUUAAAUUUACAUCAAUUGAUAAAGAUGUUUGUAGGAAUCAAAUUAAUCAAGUUAGAAAGAUUUGUUUUUUAACAGUUGGAAUAUCAUGUUGUUUUAUAGUUAGAUCAAUAAUUUUCUUUUAUAAUCCAAUAACUCAUGAAUAUAUGAACUAUGAAGUUUUUAUUACAUUUGGUUACUUUUUACCAGACAUAAUUCCAAUCAUUUUAAAUUAUAUAAUCAUUUAUAAUAAUAUGAAAACUGAACAAGAGGAUAGUUCAUUCAUUAAUAUGUUAUAUGAAAAUGAAAUUGAAGAUGAUGAAACUAAUGAAGGUAUAAUUAAAAAUAAUAAUAAUAAUAAUAGUAAUUAUGUGAAUAGUGUUCAUGGUAAUGAUGAUUUAUUAACGAGUUAUUCUAGUACGAUUUCAAAUACUACAAAUACUGUUGUUGGAUAUUAUAAUUCUACAACUCAUACAUUUGGUGGUGAUGGUGCUAUAUUAUCAACUUCAACUUCAAUACUUCAACAACCUCAACAACAGCAACAACAAAGAAAUCAACCAGACGAAGCAUCAUAUUUAUUAAAAUAA